UGAGCUAUGCCCCCCAACAAAAUAGCUAGUAGCAAAGACAAUGGCAUUGCAAAUGUACUACAAUGCAUGCAAAAAUGCCCAUAUUCACCGGAUUUUUAUGACAAAAUCCAAUGGUGAUUCGAAAGGGAGUGUUGAAGAGGUAAAAACCCGGCCGGGGAGGUCUCCGGCGGAGCAAUUUGCACCACUAGCAACAACAUUUAGGCGGAGGCUACUAGUUGGUGUUGGCUCAGCUUCACUAGUGGCUAUUGGUGCAGAUUUUGGUGGCAUAACUAGUUUUCUUCUUGGGUUAUCACCAGAAAGUGGGAGGGGUCUUAAGCUGGAUGUGCUAUAUCCUAUUAAAGGCUAUAGUCGUUGCAUUGAGACAAAUGAAGGAUUUGAAUUCAUAUACCCAGCAAAAUGGGUUGGAGAUCAAACACUGUUAUAUAGAGCUGUGGAAAAAACAGAGUUUGAAAGAGCACUUGAUCCACCUUCAAUAAGCACUGCCAAGUCAAACAACCGGCGGCGGAGCAUUAGUGAACCAGUUGUCGCCUUUGGUCCCCCUGGUACAAGCGGCGAGCUCAAUGUUAGCGUCAUUGUGUCUACAGUUUCUAAAGACUUCUCUAUUGAGGCAUUUGGAGGACCAAAGGAGGUGGGCGAAGCAGUGGUUCGGACCAUCACAGGAUCUAGCAAACGCCCUGAUGUUGAGGGGACAUUGAUAGAAUCAGUUUUAAGAGAGGAUCCUACAAAAAAUGUCAAAUACUAUGAGCUUGAAUUCAGAGUUGAGAGCCCCUCAUUUCGGCGGCAUAAUGUUGCAGUUUGUUGUUCUAGUGGUGGUAGGCUAUUUACUUUGAAUGCUCAGGCACCAGAAUCAGCUUGGCCAGAGGUGAAAUCAGACUUCCAAACAAUUGCUCAUUCAUUUAGUCUCACCUCCUGAUAAUGAGGAGGAUAGGAGAACACUACAGUUUCUUCAUGCAAUUUUUCCAUAACAGGGAUGUUUUUAAACCUCUUGCAACCUGUCCUCAUUGCCUGUACCUUUCCAUGACUAUUUUUUCCCAGUACUUUCCUCUUUUCAAGGUAGGUUGGGAGAUGGUACGAGGACCAUGACUGUGACUGAAAAGUAAUCUU